AUGUACGCCGGCAGUCCACUCUGCGAGUCAGCGAGCGCGCACACACACUCGCACUCGAUCGGCUCUCCACUUUUCCCCACCCGAAACCCUCGCGUCCGCCGCCGCACCAUGCCGCCGCCGCCGCCGGUGCUGCUGGACGAGCUCAUCGAGGAGGUGCUCCUCCGGAUCCCCCCCGACGAGCCCGCCUGCCUCUUCCGCGCCUCCGCCGUCUGCAAGCCCUGGCGCCGCAUCCUCGCCGGCCGGCGCUUUCGCCGCCGCUACCGCGAGUUCCACGGAACACCUCCCAUCCUGGGACUCUUCCAUCAGCGGGUCCGCUUCGUCCCCACCUCCGCCCUCCUCCCCGCCCAUUCCGGCCUCCCCGACUGGUUUGCCAUGGACUGCCGCCACGGCCGCGCCCUCUUCGCCCACAUCGGCGACGACGAGAAGACCCUUGACCUCAUCGUAUUGGACCCUGUGACGGGUCACCAGCGCCGCGUGCCCUGGCCCCAUGACGACUGGGCCAAGUGCAGUGCGGCGGUGCUCUGCGCCGCACAAGGCUGCCACCACCACAGUUGCCAAGACGGCCAUUUCUUUGUGGCCUUCGUCGUGACCAAGAAGAAAAAAGUCUCAUUGGGCUGGCUCUACUCAUCCGAGACGCGCAUGUGGAGCAACCUCAAUUCUCUUCAUCACUCCAAUGUCAAAUUUACCAAUGACUUUGGUGAGUCUAGCGUCCUUUUGGGCGAUGCUCUCUACUUUAACGGUGGUCGCAUCAUGGAGUGCCAACUUGGUACACUCCGCCUGUCAUCGUUCGAGAAGCCGAUCGAUCGUUAUGGGAUUCUCAUGAUAGCGGAGGACGGUGGGCUGGGAUUCGCUGCUGUGGUGGAUGUUACAAAUCUAACCCUUUGGUCGAGGGAGGCCGGACCCGAGGGAGCCAUGGGAUGGACACCACUCAGGGUGAUUGAUCUGAAGAUGCUACUCCCUGAUGUCGACCUCUCCAUCAAAAGUUUCGAAACAACUGAAUAUAUCCCAACAUUUGGAGGUGCGGUUUAUGAGUUUCCCUGUCCACGGGUGAGUGGCUUCGCGGAGGGCACACAUGUCAUUUUUGUUACCACAAGUGUUGGUUCCUACAUGGUCGAUCUCAAGACUGGGCGAGCCAGCAAGGUGUCUGAUCCUGGCAGACUAUUCUUUCCCUUCAUGAGCUUCUACAUCCCAGCAAUGGAAGCAGCUUCUACGGGCGAAGGGCAAUGAGUUGGUGUUUCAAGUGCUUGGCAAGAAGUUGCUGGAUCAACGAGGUGGUAAUGGUGAUGUUAGAUAUGGAUAGAUGGCACAAAGUGUGGCUUUGGAUCUGUAAGGUUGCUGUUGGUGUUGAUCUUAGUUCAUGGAACUUUCUUUAAUAGGUUGUUCCUUCUGCCUUCUGUACUUGCAGUUUGGAGGAACUUUAUGUAACAAGUUACUGCUUGCGCACUUAAUUUCUAAGCAGGCUCUAGCUUGAUCAGGAGAAACACCAGGUCUUCAAGAUCUUUUUUUCC